UUCCGACAGUCACAGCUCUAAGUCAAUUCGUAUUCGAAUCUCUGCUCUCAUAUAUUUAUAAAAAAAAAGAAAAAGAAAACCCAAACCAUAACCAUAACCAUGGAACCUCUAGUCCUGUUCCUCUUGACCUUCAUUGCCUCAGCCUUAGCCGGGGGCUUGGAGGAGGAUGUCCUGCAGCUGGGCGACGAGGAUUUCGAUAGCACCCUCAAGCAGUACGAGACCACCUUGGUGAUGUUCUAUGCACCCUGGUGUGGUUUCUGCCAGCGACUGGAGCCCGAAUAUGCCAGGGCCGCCGAGUUGGUCAAGUUCGAUGAGCCGCCCAUUAAGCUGGCCAAGAUCGAUUGCUCGGAGGCGGGCAAGGAGAUAUGCCACAAAUACGCCAUCCAGGCAUAUCCCACGCUGAAGAUCUUCCGGCAGGAUGGUCUCUGCCAGGACUACAAGGGACCACGUCAGGCAGCGGCCAUAGCCGAUUUUAUGCGCGUCCAGGUGAGGCCCAGGAUGUACAGGAAAUCCGUGAAAUCCUUGGAACAGUUGGCCAAAAUGAAGCGCCUGGCCCAGCUGCUGGAGAGCCAGGACAUUGACUCCAAGUUGGCCAAGAUCCUAAAGAAUCGCUUGAAUGAGCUUUAUUACAAUUGAAGUGGGGCCAGGAUAUGUCUUUGUAUUUUUUCAUGGGUGAAGUUUUAACAAUUUCAAUGUAUUUUUUAUGUGUUUAUUAACAACAAAAUAUUAAAAGGGGGAAGGGGGCCUUAAAAAAU